AUGGAAAUUUCGAACGUAUUAUUAUUAAUAUUAUUUAAUUUAUUAACAUUUUUAAUGACUUCAAAUACGGAAUCGAACGUUAGAAAUUUAUCAUGCGAUUGUUCGGGGAAAAAUUCAUCGGAAAAUCAAAAUAAUAAUAAUAAUAAUAAUAAUAAUUGUCCGAAAUCCGCAUGGUCGAUAUUAGGACAAAAUUGGUUCGAUCUUUGUUGGUACGAUGAUAAUGAUAUUUGCGUUAUAAAAGCAGCCGUCAUAUUACCGAAUAACACGAGUUAUGUUGCGUCGCUACAAAAAGUACUUCCGGCUUUAUCGCUCGCCGUUGACGAAGCGAAAAAAAGGAAAAUUUUACCGCCGGGUAUAAAAUUUUCAUUUGCCGCUUACGACGAUCAAUGCAAUGCUGUUUAUGGACAAAUGAAUGCCAUCGAAGCUUAUGCUAAUGAUAAGCCUCACGUGAUAUUUGGUCCAUCAUGCGAAUACAGCGUCGAAGAAAGAGAUGAAAUCGAUACAGUUCUGCCAACUUUUGACCCCCCGAUUUGUUUACUACACAGAUGUUGGUAUCACCGAAACCUGGAAUAA